AUGGCAAAACCACACCCCGAUAUCAACGACCCGAAUCGCUUCGUACUCUACCGCUACAAUCCCUCCCUCGAAGCCGCCAUCGUCUUCUGCGUUGCCUUUGCUCUCACGACUCUCCUACACAUCUUCCAGAUCAUCAAGAAACGAACGUGGUACUUCAUCCCUCUAGCCGUCGGAGGCGCGUUUGAAGCUGUCGGCUACAUCGGCCGCAUCCAGGGCCACUACGACCAAUGGGCGCUCGGGCCUUUCAUCCAGCAAUCACUACUCCUCCUCGUCGCGCCUGCCCUGUUCGCGGCCUCUAUCUACAUGACGCUCGGACGCAUAAUCCUCAUGGUAGACGGAGAGCGCUACUCGCUCAUCCGCCAGAGAUGGCUCACCAAAAUAUUCGUGCUGGGCGAUGUGAUCAGUUUCCUGGUCCAGGGAGGCGGCAUGAAACUCGGCGAGAAAAUCAUCAUUGUUGGCCUCUUCCUCCAACUCCUCUUCUUCGGCCUCUUCGUCGCCGUCGCCUCCAUCUUCCACCGCCGCCUCGCCGCAAGCUCCAAGCUCUCCCCGCUGCCGCUCUCCAGCCUCCCCUGGAAGCGCCACAUGUACAUGCUAUACGCGACCUCGGGCCUGAUCCUCGUGCGCAGCGCCUUCCGCGUCGUCGAGUACAUCAUGGGCAACAACGGCUUCCUGCUGCGCCGCGAAGUGUUUCUCUACGUCUUCGACGCGCUGCUCAUGUUCGCGGUUAUGGCGCUGUUUAAUUGGAUACAUCCGAGCGAGGUCGUCGCGCUGUAUAGGAGGAGGCUGGCGGGUGGGAGUAGGGAUGGGCCGGGAAGGGCGAGUGCGGAUGUGCAGUUGGUGGAGGGUGUGGGGGCGCGGGGGCAGGAGCAGAGGUCGUAG